AUAAUUGCGAUGAAAGAUGGUAACAUCCAGAGAGAAGGAACACUCAAGGACAUUCAGAAAUCGGAGACUGAGCUCUUUGAACACUGGAAGACGUUAAUGAAUCGACAAGACCAAGAGCUGGAGAAGGAGACUAUUAUUGAAAGAAAAACAGUUUUGGAAAGAACAAAUCUCCGGAGGACUAUGUAUUCCCGUGAAGCUCUGCUGACGGAUGAUGAAGAGGAUGAAGAAGAAGUAACAGAAAGCGAUGAUGAAGACAACCUGUCUUCAGUGCUGCACCAGAGAGCAAAGAUGCCCUGGAGAGCCUGCGGCAAGUACCUCAGCGCGGCAGGAAUCCUCCUCCUGCCGCUGCUGGUGUUGUCCCAGCUGCUGAAGCACACGGUGAUGGUGGCCAUCGACUACUGCCUGGCGCGCUGGACCUCGGAAGCCAUUUCUGGGAAUACAGAGCUAGAGCUGAAAAACUGCUCGCACUGUGAGGAUUUCAACCAUUCUCCAUAUUCAAAGGUUUUCAGCAUUCUCUGCUGUCUCGGGAUUGUAUUAUGUCUCGUCACAUCAAUAGCAGUGGAGUGGACUGGUUUGAAAGUCACCAAAAAGCUACACUCUUCUCUACUGAAUAAAAUUAUUUUGGCUCCAAUGAGGUUUUUUGAAACAACACCUCUGGGAAGUAUAUUGAACAGAUUUUCAGCUGACUGCAAUACCAUUGAUCAGCACAUUCCGGCCACCCUGGAGUGCUUGAGUCGUUCCACUUUGCUGUGUGUAUCUGCGCUUGCUGUCAUCUCAUACGUCACACCCAUGUUUCUGAUUGCCCUGGUUCCCCUCGCAAUCAUGUGUUACUUCAUCCAGAAGUACUUCCGAGUCGCAUCACGGGACUUGCAGCAGCUGGAUGACAGCACUCAGCUACCGUUACUCUCCCAUUUUUCAGAGACUGUUGAAGGUCUUACCACCAUCCGAGCCUUCAGAUAUGAAGCCAAAUUUCGACAAAAACUUCUUGAAUACACGGAUUCCAACAACAUCGCUUCCCUUUUCCUUACAGCUGCCAAUCGCUGGCUGGAAGUCCGCAUGGAGUACAUUGGAGCAUGUGUGGUACUCAUAGCAGCUGUCACUUCUAUUACCAGUUGCCUGUAUAAUAAACUCUCUUCAGGACUUGUAGGCUUGGGACUAACCUAUGCUCUUAUGGUGUCUAACUAUCUGAAUUGGAUGGUUCGUAACCUGGCUGACAUGGAGAUCCAGCUGGGUGCGGUGAAAAGAAUCAAUGGCCUUCUCAAAACAGAAGCUGAAAAUUACGAAGGGCUCCUUUCUUCCUCACAGAUUCCCCAGAACUGGCCAGACAGAGGGGAGAUCCAAAUCCAGAACCUCAGCGUCCGAUAUGACAGCAACUUAAAGCCAGUGCUAAAGCAUGUCAACGCCCACAUCUCUCCAGGACAAAAGAUUGGGAUCUGCGGCCGAACAGGCAGUGGAAAAUCCUCCUUCUCUCUUGCAUUUUUCAGAAUGGUUGACACCUUUGAGGGAAGGAUUAUCAUUGAUGGUAUAGAUAUUGCUAAGCUCCCCUUACAGACGUUGAGAUCCAGACUGUCAAUCAUUCUCCAAGAUCCUAUUUUGUUCAGCGGAACAAUCCGGUUUAACUUGGACCCUGAGAAGAAGUGCACUGACAGCAUGCUGUGGGAAGCACUGGAAAUAGCACAGCUCAAGCAUGUGGUGAAAGCACUGCCUGGGGGCCUAGAUGCCAUAGUCACAGAAGGAGGUGAAAACUUUAGCCAGGGCCAAAGACAGCUGUUCUGCCUAGCAAGGGCUUUUGUGCGGAAGACGAGCAUCUUCAUCAUGGAUGAAGCCACAGCAUCUAUUGACAUGGCAACGGAGAACAUACUCCAGAAGGUGGUCAUGACUGCGUUUGCUGACCGUACGGUGGUUACCAUAGCACACCGCGUGCACACGAUCCUCAAUGCAGAUUUGGUUAUUGUAAUGAAGAGAGGGGUUAUUUUGGAAUAUGACAAACCUGAGGUUCUGCUAGAACAGGAAGACAGUGUCUUUGCUUCUUUUGUACAAGCAGAUAAGUAAUAAAAAUAAAUGAAGCAUUUUAAAGUACAACUGUAUUAUUUUCUAAAAAUGUAAAAUAUCUGUAAAUAAAUACUAUUUCAUAAUAAAU